UGUCCUACUCCGUGCUUCCGGUGUAAUGGCCGCUCGCAGCGAAGGGGACAGCAGUGUUGGAUAUUUGGAAAUGAAGGCGUGUGUUUAGGCAGGUGUGUUUAGGAUGGCGGUGACGCAGCUGUUCCGGCUGGUUGUCUGUCGGCCGGCAGCUCGCGUGACACUUCGCGCGCACAGGAGGUACAGCAAGCUGCAGGAGUCCCCAGUUUUAUCUGAGCGACUUCAAGUCUUUGAGUCACUCAGGGAGAAACGAAGCCGUGAGAAGAGAGUUGAAGUUUCAGAAAAGCCCCUCAGCAUCCAACUGGCAGAUGGCCGGACAGUGAAAGGAACAGCUGGCAUAACCACACCUCUCUUUGUUGCUCAAAGUGUCCGGGUGAAAGGAGCUUUGUUGAGCAAGGUGAAUGGGGAGCUGUGGGAGCUUGGACAGCCCCUAGAGGAAGACUGUGAACUGCAACUUCUGGGGUUUGACACAGUAGAGGGAAAGCAGGCAGCAUGGAGGACCGGAGCAUGUGUCCUUGGCGGGGUGUUGGAGGGGGUCUUUGGUGCCGAGGUGUGCAGAGAAGGAACAUCAGAGCUGGGGCUUUACUGUGACCAUUUGCUAGAUAACAGUGCCUUGUCCCUGACUGAUGUGGAGGACAGGUGUAAGAAGGCUGCAGCCCUCAAACUUCCUCUGUCCAGACUGGAGCUGAAUACAGCAGAGGUGCAAGAGCUCUUCCAGAGCAGUAAGUUGAGACUGCAGCUUGUUGAGGAGCAGAUGAAUGGUCCCACAAUCACAGUAUAUAGGUGUGGAGACAGCAUAGGGAUCUGCAAUGGCCCCCUCCUCCCACACACUGGCCUCCUCAAGGUCUUCAAGAUGCUCCAGCUGUCGCCCGUGACCCUGGCCAAUCAGAUGGAGGCAUCAGGUUUAAUGCGUCUGUUAGGUGUUGCCUUUCCAGGAGAGAAGGACAAAGACGAGUGGGAGAGAGAGCAGGAGGAGGCGAGGAGGAGGGACCACAGGCGCAUCGGGACUGACCAGGAGCUGUUCUUCUUCAAUGACGUCAGUCCAGGCAGUUGCUUCUUUCUGCCUAAAGGAGCCCACAUCUACAACACACUCACUGACUUCAUUAAGAGUGAAUACCAAAGGCGAGGCUUCACCGAGGUCAUCACCCCAACCCUGUACAGCACUGCAUUAUGGGAGCGCUCAGGCCACUGGGAGCACUACAGCGAGAACAUGUUUACUGUGACAUCAGAGGGUUCUCAGACCUACGCUCUCAAACCCAUGAACUGCCCCGCACACUGUCUUAUGUUUGAGCAGCGAGUUCGCUCGUGGAGGGAGCUUCCUCUGCGAUGGGCCGAUUUCGGGGCACUGCAUCGUAAUGAGCUCUCCGGAGCUCUAGGAGGUCUCACUCGUGUUCGCAGGUUCUGCCAGGACGACGCUCACAUCUUCUGCACUCCUGAGCAGCUGGAAGAAGAAAUUGUGGCUUGUUUGGACUUUGUGAGGAGUGUGUAUCAAGUGUUUGGGUUUUCCUUCCACUGCCUUCUGUCUACACGUCCUACGCCGUGCCUAGGAGAGCCUGAACAGUGGGAUAAUGCAGAGCAGCAGUUGGAGAGGAGUCUGCAGCACUUUGGUGAACCUUGGGAGUUGAACCCAGGAGACGGAGCCUUCUAUGGACCAAAGAUUGACAUUCAAAUCAAAGAUGCCAUUGGCAGACAACACCAGUGUGCCACAAUCCAGUUGGACUUUCAGCUGCCAAUCCGAUUUGACCUUCAGUAUGUCGGGCAAGACGGACAGUUACACAGGCCAGUGAUGAUCCACAGAGCAGUGCUGGGAUCACUGGAGAGAAUGAUCGCUAUCCUGGCUGAAAACUUUGGAGGAAAAUGGCCACUUUGGUUGUCUCCAGCGCAGGUCGCAGUUAUUCCUGUGGGGGGCAACAGUGAGUCAUACGCCAAGCAGGUGGUCCAGCAGUUCCGUGUAGCUGGCUUCAUGGCUGAUUUGAAUGACGAUCAGGGAGCAACCUUAAAUAAGAAGAUUCGCUCCGCUCAGCUGGCUCAGUACAACUACAUAUUUGUGGUGGGGGAUAAAGAGAGUGAAACGGGAACAGUGAAUGUGAGGAGCAGAUGGGGUAAACAGCUGGGGAGGAGGCCAACAGAGGAGGUGCUGACAUCCCUCACACAGCUACGAGACACCAGGAGCAACCUAGAUGAGUUUUGAGGAUAAAGUCCAGGAAAUAAUGAGUCAUUGAUGUAAUUAAUGUUUGUUUUACAUGUUCAAGCUGUUAUACUUCAGCUUUGUCUGAAGGAGUGGCUGCUUAUUUAUAAUAAAAGCAUAUAAGUACUACU